AUGUCUACACUAAGCAGAUCUAGGGCGACUCUUUCGCCAGCAACUUCUGAAAGAUCUACUUUGCCUAUGGGAGCAACAGCUGAUGCUGGAAGCCAAGAAUUUACCCCAUUAGAACCGACUAGGGAGCAGCUACUUGCACAUUUCUUUGAGCGAUUUAAAUUUUACACUUCUUUAUGUCUUGGCACAUCAGCUAUUCUCGCUGUGUUUGCUUUUUUAUUCCUCAUUCCAUUUGUGGUUGAACCAGCCAUACAAACUAUACUUGCUGAAUUCGCACCGGAAGCUGGAAUAUGUAGUGUAUCAGAUCAUGUUUAUGCUGAGACUCUCACUAAUUGUACCUGGGCGUCAUGUAGAGAAGGCUGUACUACAAUGCCUACAAGGUGCCAUAAAAUACGAGUUAACUUAGCAAGGAGACCAUUUAUUGGAAACGAAACACUACCAAUAGAAUGGGAUGAAACUGAUUUGAAAUUUCUUAUAAAUCCUGAAGGAUGUGGAUAUCCCCCAAAAGUGAACUGUUCGGUGUUUGCUAUUGAAUAUGCGGGUAGAAAAGCGCCGAAAAUAUUUCCUUGUUUCUAUAGUAUGACUCGACCUGAAUUGGUAGUGGCAAGAUAUUCUUGGGAAUCAACAAUACGAGGGUUAAUACUGGCCCUGGUUCUUCCAACUACAGUCUUUGUCUUUAGUUUAAGUGUCCUUGCGUACUGGCACUGCCACUGUUGUGACAGGGCUUGUAACAGACGGGUACACGCUGAAUCAUUUACGAGCAAAGAAGAGAUAAAUAUCAAAUUCCACUUCAGAGAAGAUUCAUCAUAGUUUCAGCUAUAGAUGUUUAGCAACUAUUUUUAUUUGCAAUAGUAAGUUGCUCUGUGAACUGGAUGAUGACCCAACCGAUGAUGUAUUCUGACGCCAGGCCACUACCUAUCCACGACGACGCACAUCACCCAGAAACGGCUAUACCCAGUUAUAAAUGAAUAAGAAAGGAAAACAUGAAGCAAUGUAUAUUCUAACCGUUGAGUGUAUCAGCCCAGAAACCCGAAGGUUUUUGGAUUUAUAUUUUCAGUACAUUAAAAUGAAAUUCUGUGCUUCAAAAUUCAAAUAUAUGAUAUAUAUAUAUCUAAAUCGAUCUCGACUUUAAAUUUAUUUAAAGACUAUGUAUCUACAGUCAAAUCUAUUAUAGCGGCAUUGAAGGGACUACUAAUAUUUGGUCGUAAAAACUGAUAAUCGUAACAGCAGAUGACGUUGUUAUUAAGUACCUAAUACAAUAGAAUUCAAC